AUGCGUCCAGCUGGAGAACUGAGAGCACUAGGAGUCUGUGCAGACCGCACCUUCUACGCCCACCGCAUUGUCCUGGCAGCAGAAAGCGAGGUCUUCAAGAGCGGUCUGGCGAGCGUCUCCAAGGAGUUGAUCGAUGGAAGGCAGGAAAUCAGGCUGGCCGAGAUCUCCAACCCGGAGGCCGUGAAGUUCAUGCUGGACUAUAUGUACCAGACGGAUGCCUCUGUGUGGGAGGACUACAAUCCCCGAACCCAGGAGAUCAACAAGGAUGUCCUCCGCUUGGCACAAACCUUCCGCCUGCCUGGUCUCACAGAACGCGCCAUGCACUGGCUGGCCAAGGACCUCACCACGGGAAACGUCGUUGAGGUUCUGACGAUCUGCGAGGAUUUCGGCCUCAGCCAGCUGGGGGAGAGGAUCCUUGAGCAGCUCACUCAGAACAAGAAGGCUCUAGCAGAGGUCGCCAACAGCCCGCAGAUCAUGAAGUAUCCGAAGCUGAUGCAGGCACUUCUGCAACAAGCCGCCGCAGUCCCCGAGGAGCCCCAGCCGAAGAAAAGGGCCAAGAAGUGA